UCCUGCUAUGUCCAAUACGGCCGCCGAUGAAACGAUAUGAGCACGUAUGCGUACAGUACAGGUUGUUGGGAAAUACGCAAACAAUGUACGAGAUGUGGUGUUGGAUAGUAAUUCUACAAUUUCUCCUGGCGGAAGAACUCGCCUCAGGUAUUAUGCUCACGGAGGUGCGAGUGCCCAAGCACACCAUCAAGGGGCACUCGGUAAGAUUGGAGUGUCAUUAUGACAUGGAAGGGGAAGCGCUCUACUCGGUGAAGUGGUACAAGGAUGGGUACGAAUUUUAUCGAUAUGUGCCAAGAGACGACCCGCCCGGGACGGUAUUUCCCCAGCCGGGCAUUAUAGUGGAUCUACAGAACUCAACCAGCGAGCAGGUGGUGCUGGACCCGAUAGAUCUAUCAUCCAGCGGAAAGUAUCGAUGCGAGGUGUCAGCCGAGGCACCUUCCUUCCAAACCGUGUCCGACCACGGGGAAAUGCUGGUGGUUGUGCUGCCUGAGGAGGAUCCGUACAUUACGGGCGGGAAGCCACGCUACCAGAUCGGCGAUAUCGUGCGCGUAAACUGCACAUCUGGCCGCUCGAAACCGGCGGUCCAUCUGACGUGGUACAUCAACGGGGAUGCGGCGGAUGGGUCGCUGGUGAAGCGGUUCGAACCCAUCGUGUCCGGGCCGGACAAGCUGGAAACAUCCAUACUCGGGCUGGAAUUCCGUGUGAAGCCAAAACAUUUCAAGCGAGGUGAUAUGAAGCUCAAGUGCCUCGCCACAAUAUCAACCGUAUACUGGAAAAGUAACGAGGAGAGCGUCGAGGGCGAAAAGAUACAGAAGGCUCCCAUGCUGGAGUCUCGGCGGGCCGUUUCAAGCGACACGCGAGCAGACCGAGUUCAAGCGGCGAGCGGUGAUGCAUUGGCGAAUAAAUAUUCAUCGGGGUGGAAUUUUACAUUGCGCUGGCUGCUCGCCGUAGUGUCCGCGAGCCGGUUCGCCUGUUCGUGGUUCGUGGCCUAAAAUGCAAUGCGCGUAAUGCGCGCACGAGUCGGCGAGCACAAUCCCAACAAUUCGCUCUCUCUUCAACGAAAAACAAAACAAAACUAUAACAAUUUUAUUAUCAUUCACUGUAAUACAUUCCGUCCCGAAACGGGUCGACUAUUUUCGACCCCGACGUCAAAAACCCUUCCUACCCGUGUCGUGUAAGGGCGCAAAGAAAGGAAACCCCCUUUUUGCUCCCCCUUUUUCCUCCAUUCCCGCGAGUUUACGAACAAAACUGUCGAAGGAAAGGAAAUGUCCAUAGAGCCCCGGGGUUUUUUUUCGUUGUUGUUGCGCCUAGAGCACUGUGUCCGACCGACCGAACCGGCCCCGUGUCCAGGAGCGGUGCAGUUUUUGGAUAUAUACAGAAAUUAAAUGCGCGACCCAGGGCAGUCGAUUCAUGUUGCGGGAAAGAUGAACUACAUCACGCCAUUGUUCGAUUCGCUGAAGGAAUGGGGCUGCCCCGAGCAACGUAAUUCGAACCCGUUUACGAAACAGAACGGAACAGCUGCAGUAUGUGCGAACACACGUCGGUUUUUAACCAUCCUACACUAGACGGCACGCUAUAUUAGCGACUGAAGGCGAGGGCAGCGAGGGGACAGCGAAACCAGAUGCCCCCUUUGCGGAUGCGGUGCCUGCCUCGACCGGGCUAUGACCAGGCCUGGUGACUAAUAGCAGCAGCGUGUUUUUUGAACUAUGGACAUAUCGAAAGGAUGAAACACGAAUCAUAUCACUACGACACAAUGAAGUAAUAUCUUGAUGUGCUUUUUCACUGUUCUCCCCCCAAAAAACAAAAAGGAAAAAAAAACUAACUAAAAAGGAAACAUACUACAAUUCGACGAAAUGGUAAACGAAAAAAAAAAAAGGAUGAAAUCAUUCAAACAUAUCACCGGUGAAUAUUAAAGGCAACAAAACAAUAUUUGCAAAAGGAAGAAAACGAUAUAAAAAAGUAUUAACAAACAAAAAAAAAACUCUUUUCAACUCCGGUUAUUCGUGGAUAAGUGUGUCGCAAAAUCGAUUCGAUCCCUCCUGUAAAAAGUUGUGUAAAUAUUGUAAAAGAAUUCGAUCCAAACCCGAUCCGUGUUUGGCUGAGAUCGGAACGUGUCCAAAUUGUUGCUAUGUUUGUUUUGUUUUU